CUGAAGUUUAGUUGAAAAGUUCGGUGUGUGCAUACGUGUGUUCGAAGGUUUUAUUCUAAAAAAUUAUUUUUCAAGUUGUAUAAUUUAUUAAUAUUUUUUUUUUAAUUAUUAUAACAAAAAAAAGACAAGGAUAAGGACAAAUUAAAACCGGAAAGACGUCCAUUUAAUCGAGAAGAAGAUCUACAAGUUAACCGAUUCGAUCAAGCACGCAAACAAUCUAUCAUAAAGAAAGCACAAGCUUUAGAUACAAGAUUUUCAUCAGGAAAAUCCAAAUACCUAUAAUUCAAAAUAUUAUAAAUAAUACAUAUAUAUAUUAUAACAUUAAUAUAUAUAGGUACUCAAGAUAACAGAGAAAUUAAACUCAAAAAAAUCAAUAAAAACAUUGAAUCAGUUAAAAAUAUAUAAAAAGCAGUUGUAAAAUACAAAAAAAAAAAAAAAAUAAAAUGGAUCAUUCACAUCAUCAUGAUCAUGCACAUCAUGACCACAGUCAACACAUGAAUAUGAAUAUGGUAAAUGCAACAGUUAUUCCGCAAAUAUUAACAUCAACUGUACUACCAACAGUUAAUGUUCAUGCACAUCAUAAUCAUGCUGAUAUGAUUGCUUCUGGUGGUGGCGCUAAUGAUAAUAUUGAUCAUGAUCAUCAUAGCGGUCAUAAUGCUAUGAAUCAUAUGAUGAUGAUGGCUUUUCAUUUUGGUUAUGAUGAAACAAUAUUAUUUGAACAAUGGAAAAUUAAUUCAAUUGGUGGCCUUAUUGGUUCAAUGUUAGCAAUAUUUGUAAUGGCAACUGUAUAUGAAGGUUUAAAAUAUUAUAGAGAAUAUUUAUUUUGGAAAACAUAUAAUUUACUUGAAUAUAGACCAGUUGCAAUACCAAAAACCGAAAUAUCUAAUGCAAAUGCUGAAAAUAAUGUACCAUCAGCUGUACAUUUUGUUGGUGAAGUUUUACAUAAGCAACCACCUUCAAUGUUUUCAUUAAUGCAUUUUUAUCAAACAUUUUUACAUUUAAUACAAGUUACAUUAUCAUUUUUAUUAAUGUUAAUAUUUAUGACUUAUAAUGUUUGGUUAUGUUUAGCUGUUGUGUUAGGUGCUGGUUUUGGUUAUUAUUUAUUCUGUUGGAAAAAAUCAGUUAUUGUAGAUGUUACAGAACAUUGUCAUUAACAGUAAAAAAAAAAUAUAUAUAUAAAUAAUAAUACAUAAUUAUAAAAUAUUGAAUUGUUGUAUGUCGAAAAUAUGUGAUGCAUACCGUAAAAUUUGAGUAUAUGUACCUAUGUAUAAAAAAAUUGUAUGAAUUUAAAAAAAAAUUUCAUGUAUAUAGUUUUUUUUUUAUUCUUGUAUAUAUACAUUGUACACAAUAGCUACAUUACUCGAUACUUUUAUUUCUAAAUUAUACAUUUAUUUGUACGGUAGGCUUGUAUACUUGUAUGAAGUAUGUAUAUAAAAAAUUCUCUUUUAUUUCUAAAGACAAAAUAAUUAAUUCGAAUAAAAUAUUAUCAUUAAUAUAUGUAUGUAUUGUAAAAGUUCAUUAUAAAAAGUGCAAAAUUUAAGAAAAAAUUUUAAUUUUUAUAUAUUAGUUUUAAAAAUAAAUAAAAAUUAAUUUUAUAACAUUGUUUUUUUUUUCUCACAAAAUUACAAAAUUAAAAAACUAAAAGUAAGGAAUAAAACGACAUUGCUUUAACAAUAGAAAAAAAAUUAGUUUAUGUUUCUCACCAAACCGUUAUUUAUUAGUUUUUAUAAAUAAGAAAGUAAGCCAUACCGAAUUUGGCCGUACCAAACAUCUUUAAAAUCAGAUUUAUGUUUGUUUAUUAUUUUUAUUAAUUUAAAAUAAAUUAUGUACUUAGUGAACAUGUGUGUUCUAUAUCCUACUCUGG